GGGAAACCUCAUCUCUCUGCACGGCUGCAAUAUUGAGACAGUGGUUGCCAUAUGCUAUACACACGACUUGCAUUCUCCUCCAUUGCUUCAGUUCCACAUCUCCGUUAUGUUUUAAUCUUCCAAGGGUAAAUUUUCUAUCUUGUGAUCAGCAUGAAAUCCUUCAACUGUAACCGACAUAUGCCAUCUGGGUAUUACUAUGUUUUCCUACUUGUGGCUUUCAUCCUCCUCCUGAUCUGUGCCGUCGUUGCCUCCUCUCAAGCUGACGAAAAGAGGUCCAAAUUCCGCGAUCCAGAGGUGGUCCGAAAUAAGGAGCAUGUCCAGGAGCAUCUUGACGAAUUGAGGGGAAGUGAAAAACGAGAAGAGGACAUGACGGACGAAGAGCUGGAAUUCCACUAUUUCAAAUUACAUGAUUUUGAUAACAACACAAAACUGGAUGGGCUGGAGAUCCUUGCCGCAAUUAAUCAUGUCUUGAGCGACGAGACGCUGGAUCCAAGUAUGACUCCUCAACAAGCAAAGGACGCCAGACUAUUACAACACAUGGAAAUGAUAGACCAGGUGCUAGCGGAAGACGAUUUCAACAACGACGGCUACCUGACCUACCUAGAAUUUGUCUUGGCCAGAAGAAGAGCAGAAACAGAAGCUGAGAAAUACCAAAAAAAGAAGGAAUAACAACAGUUUCUGUAGUCUGCAGUAUUUGUUUUUCUGUUUAUUGGUGUAUAUUAAUUAGGUGUUUUCAUUCUAAGGAAAUGUGUAAAAUGCAAAAUACCCUUAUUGCUCUUUACAUGAUAAAACAAUGAAUACACGUCACUUCCACUAACUAUUCAAAUGCAAUUGUCUCUUGGUGAUGAGUACAGCUGUGUUUGUUUUUUACUACUUGUAGAAUUAACAGGCUUCAAGCCUUUCUAAUUCGGGCGAUUCACAAUGCAGUGCGCCACCAAGAAUUUGCCACGGAGAGUUCAUUUUUCCCAGUGCAUUAUGGGAGAUG